UAAAUGAAUUGGACAUGAGGCUUCCAUCAUUUAUUAUGAUGGGUCCAAGCAAUGCAUCAUAUAAAGAAUGGAGAUAAAUGGCAGCUCUGCUUUCAAUUAGUAAUUCUUUGGAAGAAGGGAAUAUCGAUCUUCUUCAUCUUUCUGCUGCGAUUUAAGAAGGCAGAGGACAUGGAUUGUUGUGUGUGUACAACUAUGCCACUGAUACUAAGGCCUCCGAGGAAUACAAUAUGUGGAGCAUGUUACGAAGGAGUAAGGAGCAUAAUCAACAUGAUGAGCAAUUUCGAAACUGAGAAAGUAAAACCAGUAGUGGCCAAUCCAAAUCCAAACCCUUCUCCAGUUUCACGAAGAAAUUCGAAUUAUUCUUUCUCUCUGCAGACACUCGAUGAUUGUAUAAGAUGGUGUUCAGAGCAUUUAGAACAGUUUAAUCAGCAGAAGGAAGACUUGGUUUUUCUGCGAGGCUUUGUUGCAGCCUUCAAAGAACAGAUUCACACAGACAUAUUGGUCAUUCCAGGCAGACACGGUCCACCUAUACCUGCACAUAAGUCCGUUUUGGCUGCAAGAUCAGAAAUAUUUAAGAACAUGCUAGAGUGCGAUGAAUGCAAAGAAGCACCGAGUAAGAGCAUAACUAUACCCGAUGUGAAGCACGAAGAAUUAGAGUGUCUUAUUGAGUUUCUGUACAGUGGAAGCUUGGGUGAGGAAAAAUUGGAGAAACAUGUGUACGCGCUGUCACAAGCAGCGGAUAAGUAUGUGAUCCCACAUUUGCUGAAACACUGCGAAGGGUACCUGCUGAGGUCGCUAAGCACUUGUAAUGCCCUUGAGACACUGGAGAUUGCGGACACUUGUUCCAACCAGAAGUUGAAGGAGACAACCUUGGAUUUCUUGGUUAAGAACAUUGACCGUGUUGUGUCAUCACCUAAAUUUGAAGCUUUUGUUCACAGGAGCCCACACCUCACCGUGCAACUCGUUACAAUGGCCUUUGCCAAUGCUGCUAAAUAAUCAAUUUCUCUCCAAGUUUAAGAGCUACCCAUGCUUUGUUUUUUCAAUUUAUCAAUCUAUUUAUUGACCA